AUGGCCGUCUGCAAGUCCAACGAGGCCGAACGGUCCCUAGCGGAGAGUCAACAUCUUGAGUUGGGCGGUAAUGACGAAGAGACAAACGAAAGCCUUGCGGAAACUGCCAUCCAAGAUGUUUAUUUUCCAGAUGGCGGUGUAAACGCCUGGCGUACCGCACUUGGUGGUUUCCUCGCAUUCAUUGCAAGUAUUGGUUUUCUGAGCGGUGGAUCCGUUUUUCAAAGCUACUACAUCACAACAACACUGUCAUCAUCGAGCCCUUCCGAUAUUGCGUGGAUUGGAAGUGUGCAGCUUUGGGGUUGCUUUUCCUUUGGAAUUUGGGCUGGUAGACUGUCUGACAAAUAUGGACCAACCUUGCCCCUUGGGGUGGGAACCUUCUUUUUGGUCCUUGGCAUCAUGAUGGCUUCUAUUUCGAAGACGUACUAUCAGUUCCUAUUAUCACAAGGAUUCUGCGUGGCAUUGGGAAUGGGAUUGAUAUUUACACCGGCUCUAGCAAUCCAGUCACAAUGGUUUUUAAAAAGACGCGGCUUUAUUGUUGGUGCUGUUAUGUCCGGUCAAAACGUGGGAGGGAUAAUCUGGCCUGUACUGACAAAUAAGCUUCUCAACUACGAUGGAGCGUCACUAGGCUGGACCCUACGCAUCAUUGGCUUUAUACAGCUAGGCUUGAUGAUUGCUGCUACUCUAUUGGUCAAGCGACGAUUUCCGCGGACCUUAGAAUAUGAUGUGCUCCCCGUGAGACAAUACUUCACUGAUAAACGCACUAUCAUGUUUACCAUCGCUAUCGUCAUUAUGGAUUUAGGGAUUUAUAUCCCGUGGUUUUACAUCACUCCCUAUGCAAUGCAACACGGUGCAUCUGCGACUCUCGCAUUUUAUGACGCUGCAAUCUUAAAUGGUGGCGCAUUUGUGGGGUGCUUUGCCUUGGGAAUUAUAGCGGAUUCCGGCCUGGGGUUCUUCAAUGCCGUCACAGUGACCACUUUUGGAUGUGCGAUAGUCGCCUUCGCGUGGGUUGGGGCACAACAAACUGGGGGAAUCAUUGUGUGGGCUAUAGUAUCUGUAUCACGGUUGGUUCAUUUGCAGUAUUAG